AGGUGAAAGAAAGUCGCUCCUUAACUCUGAGAUGGGCCAUUGCAGCCCGGUCCCGCCGGGCAUGUUUCCUGGGGAACUCAGUCCCCAUUUUGCCCAGGGGAGUUUUCCUUCCAAGUUAGCAGGAUGGCAGCCUUUGAGUGGCUGUUCCUCUGCGUGCAUUCUUAAAAGCACGUUGCUCUGUGAUCCAUGGGGCUGAGUCCCAAAUAAGUCAACAGUGGGCUGUGCACGCUUCCUUUGGAGGAAGCCCUAUUGAAAUCGGUGGGGUUUACUUCUGAGUAAACAUAAAUAAAGUCGGGCUUCUGUGGGUAUACCCAAGUUUGUAUUUCCGGGAGGCUAUAAUGGGUGCAAUUACAUGGGAGUAAGCUCAGUGUAAUUCUCUGUGCUUUUGCUCCAGCGUAGGAUUGUUCUUGUAAACGGGCAUAGGAUUGGGAUGUGGACAGGACUGGAUUAUAGGGAAAUUUGCAAGCCCCACUUCCUUACCUGUUUUAGCCAAAUCAAGCCUCUCUACCCCUUCUGUAGCCUUCCAAAACAGUGGCUAAGAGACACACACACGCGCGCACACACCGGUAAUUUGUGCGUUGAUGGGCUGUUAACUCUAACGCAGUUUUUCCGUCUCCAGUUUUCCCUUAUGGGUGUGAGCUUCUCCCUGCAUUGCAGUUUCCGUCUUCUUUCAUCCCCUUUGAUGAGAAAACCAAGCUAACCUCAAGCUCAGCAUGGACGUAAAGUGUUCCCAACUCCUUCCUUCAGUCUGCACCAUUCUGGCAGACCCCAGAUCCCCUGUUUCGGAUGACACCUGUUUGGAAAAGUUACUAGACUGGUUUAAGAUGUUGACAAACGCUGGACCCAGCCUGCUGCUGUUAGAGGAAAAUCCGUGUUUGACAGAGCUGAUCCUGGCUGUGCUCAGACAAGAGGACCCCCGUCCCGGUAUCCUUUCCUUCGUCCUGCGGCUCACGGGGAUAUUUGCUGCCUCCGAAAGCAGUUUCCAGCAUCUACAGCAGGGGGAAGUGGUGUUCGGUGCCUUUGGAGAAGCGGGACCUCUUGGCAGUGCAUUGUGGGAAGACAUGUCCAUACGCAGUGGCUGGGUCCAAGGGGCUUACACGAUGCUGCAGCACUACAGCGCCUUCCAGUUCCUGUGCAACUCUGGAGCCCUAGACGUGAUUUUCACCCUUCAAGGAGACCGCAGCCUAUUCAUUGCUUCCGGAGCCAAUCGGCUUCUUGCCCGCUUGCUCAUCUUCUCGGUGCAGUCCGAACCAUCUCGCCUUCUCAGUACGAAGGACUGCGAUUGGCCGGCCUGUGCUCGGAUGAUUGUGGCCCGCGUUGAGGAAUCCCUUCAGUCCCGCUCCAGCUCCCGGGUCCAACACUCCUUGAAGCUGCUAACGACGUUAUUCGAACACAACCAGGAUGCAUGGACGGAAGUGCUUUGGUCCCGGAUAGCAGAAACCGUUGGAUCCCUUCUGACGGAGGAGCCGAUCCUGGCUGGACACUCGCUGGUGGAUCUGUUCCUUAGCAUGGCAAGAUCUCCUGCUUUUCACUGUCAGGACUGCAGCCUUUGGAAGCUGGUGGCCCUUGCUCUGAAGAACUUAAGCCUGGCUCAAGCUGGGCCCCUGGCUUUGGGACUCCUGAAACUUGAGGCAUGCCCGCAGGCCGUUAAGAUGCAGAGCCUGAAUAUCCUGCUCCUGCCUCUGGGCUGCAUUCGCAGAGCUGCUUCGGACUCCUUAGAAUUCCCAGGUUUGCUGGAUGGGCCUCCCUCCAACACGACUCCGGUGGAGUCUCUCCUCUCCUCGAGGUCUUCGUGCGUCAGCCUUCUGUGCCAGUCGUUGGUUUAUCUUGAGGAGGUCCAGGGUUUGGUUUGCCUGCCAGUGGAUUUCCCCCAUAAGCCUUUGCUGCGCUCCGUGGUGACCGUCCUACAGUUCUGUGUUGGCCUUGCUGUCCCAGUCUCCUCCCUGGGAGCGACGGUCGGCAAAAUCCUGAUCGGCUGCUUCCGGGUUCAGCGGGCGGCCCUUGGUCUCCUCGGGGCGCAAUCUCGGUGGGCAACAUGUUUAGCUUCGGUUCAUGAUGAAGCCAUGGAAGAAGUCUUUGACAUCCUUCUGGUAUAUCUGAAGAGUCCAGACACCAGCCCCACUGUUCUGAAAAAGGCAUUUCAAGCCACGUUAAAAUGGCUUCUGAGCGUCCCGGAACCGUCCGGCUCCACGGAAGACUUUGGACGGCACAAACAAUUUCACAGAGAGAUGCUGCCUGUGUUGCAGAAACGCCUGUGCAGCCCGAGCUGGGAAGUGCGCGAUUCCUCCCUGGAGUAUCUCACACUGUCGUUGAAGCGUCUGAGAGGGCAGCCGUGGUUCUGCCAAGCGCUGCUCUCCUCCGAAGUGCCGGGGCUCGCCGCGGGCCUUCUGGACGACCCGGAGAGCUACGUGCGCGCCAGCGCUGCGAAAGCCUCGGGGCAGUUUUCCCUCGUUGCUGGCGUUGGCUCCAAGACACCCGGCUCGGAGAACAACGGGAGUCACAAAGAGCCCAGCGUCGGUGCUCGCUUGCUAGAAAUCUUGUCGACUGACACUGAAGGCUUCCCUCGCAGAGCCGUGAUCGGCGUCUUCAUUGACUGGCUGCAGGAGGGGCACCCGGAGGCCCUGGCCGACCCUGAGCUGUUUGUCUCCAGAGCCAUCCAAGCCGUGCGCGGAGACUUGGACUGGGAAGUCAAGGUUACCGGCCUGGAACUGGCCGCUGUCUUCGCUGCCCAGACCUUUGGCCGGCUUGGGCUUGUCGAAGGCUCCCACCCGGCCCGUUCGUCGGCUGCCAGGCAGCCUGACCGUCCUUCCGAAGUGCUGGAGACGUUCUGCCGUGUGAAACUCUUUGAGUUCCUCUUUGGAGCCCUGUGUGACUGCGACAGGCCCGUGGCCCUGAAAGCCUGCGAGGUGCUUCGAGCGGUGAAAGCCAAGAUUUGCGGAGACAGCUGCCAGGAGCAGGGGAAGAGCUCGGAGGCGGCCGCUGGGCCAGGGGAAGCGUCUCCGUCUGUUUUGAUCCUUCCCCUUGGGGGUUUUGCUGAAAGGGCUUCUCAGGACCCGGAACGCCUGCUCCUGAUUUUAGAGACGACAGAUCUGGAGGGUUUGCAGAGAUCCCUGGACGUCAGCAGCGACCACCUGGAGCAGAACCCCCAGUCCCUCUUGCAAGACAUCCUGUCUGCUGCAGGGAGCAUGGAAGAGAACGAAGCAGACUGUUACUGAAGAGGGGGAGCAGAGGCCUCCAGCAUGGGGAAAACAUCCUUGCUCGGGCAGGCAGACCCACCCCCAAGGGCGCAACAGGCCACUUUGCAAAAUGUACUUCUUGCCUAGUGGGGCGCUGCCCCAAAUCCCCGUGCAGGAAGCCAUCGGUGGGCGUAAUGCAUUACGGUGGGCGUAAUGCAAGUCAACACCAAAGCGGAGCUCAAAGUCGAGAGACAGCCGCACCAAGCGAACCAAAUGACAAAGUUGUGAUUCAUACAGAGUUGCUAAGAACGGAGCUAUAAAAUCACCCAAUGUGCAAAACCCAGUCGAGCUGUAAAUAUCAAGGCAGGUCCGCCCGGCAAUACCGAGAGCCCGUUGCUCUUAAAAACAGUAGCACUACUACUGUAAGUCCCUGGGAGUCGAUUCUGCCAAGGACGCACGCUAUUCCGUGUGUGUGGCGAUUAUUUAAAGGAGCAGUCCGUUGCUGACGGAUGUGGAGGUAUUUCAAGGUGGGCCUAGGUACGGCUUGACUGUUUCUUUGUACCGGUGUGAUGAGUGCACAAGGCACGCGAUUUCUCUGUCUACACGUGUACAGCACAACACGCGUCAGGGCACGCGAUCCGCGGCAGCUUUCCAUGAAAGAACCAUUGUGCGUACGAGCAUCAGACUUCUCUGUACGCGGGGUUCCAAGCUCUGUUUUAGAUGGCGGCAUUUUCCAGGGACUGGGGCUUUGGCCUUGGGAAUAACCCUUUCACUAAGUAUGGCAGACAGGUUGUGGACCCUCUGCGGUUUUUAGGCUUGUACCUUGCUGGCCGUCGUCCCUGCAGAGCAAGGCAGCCGGUUGUUCUCCUGGGAGUUUUCUCUUGUUACCAAUAAAAGUUAUUUUUUUCUUGCA